GUGACGCCUGCAUGGCGAACCUGAAUUUAAGUGCAAAAAGAAUUUAAUUCUGAAGUUAUUCAGUGUCGAUAAGUGAGAAAACAAAACCGUGAUAGAAAUUAAGUGUUACUGAAGAGUGUUUCUAAACGUGUUCGUUUAUUGCAGCUGCAAUAUCUGAGUUUUUAGUGGUGAUACAUCCGCAGAAGAAAAAUGGAUCAAUUCGUGGUAGUAAAAGUGGAAGAUUCCACUUCGAUAAAGGUGGAAGAGGUUAUGCUAUCCGAUACCCUGGCGGAUACGACGAUGGUUGUCGUACCGCCGACAAAGAACUCCGCCUUACCGGAAGCGGAUGGUUCGAGUGUUGUAAAGCAGGAACCAGCGGCCGAUAUCAUCGAUGAGCAUGAUUAUGAGGACGAGGAGGGGGAAGCGGAAGCCGACCAAGCAGAAACUGCGGCUGCACCGGCAUCCGCUGCAGUGGCAGCGGCGAAUGAUGGCGAAAUGGCAGCUUCUAGUUCCAGCAACCCGACGGACAAUCCUGGUACCGGCAAACCGGCAAAAACACUGGACCAUGCUUGCGAAAUCUGCGACAAACGGUUCGCCACAAAGUAUUCGCUGAAGAAUCACAAACGAAUCCACACCGGUGACCUGCCCUAUAAGUGCAGCUUGUGCGGAAAAGCAUUCAACGCGAGGAAAACCCUCGACUAUCAUCAAACCAUUAAGCACACCUGGGGAAAGAACUUCAAAUGUGACGAGUGCGGAAAACUGUUCUCCUCGGACGAGCAACUGGCGAAGCACGCGCAGGUGCACAGCACGGAUCGCUCGCACGAGUGCGAGAUUUGCGGAAAAGGAUUUCGAACGAAAGCCCGGCUCGUAGAGCACAUGCGCAGCCACAGCGAGGACCGACCGUUCAAGUGCGACGUCUGCGGAGCAGCCUACAAAACGGCCAGUAAUCUGAAAGCGCACAGGAAAAUCCACACAUCGACCGAGUCGAAACCGUACAAAUGUACGGUAUGCGAUGCCCAGUUUGAUCUCGAGGGUAGUCUCACGUUCCACGUGAAAAUACACAUCGCGGAUCGGCCGAAUGAGUGCUUGGUUUGUGGAGAAAACUUCCUGUUUAAUAAGCUGCUUGCAAAGCAUAUGCGCGCCUGUCACAACUACGAGCGACUGUUCAAGUGCGACAUCUGCGGUUUGUCGUACAAAACGUCCGGCGGGCUUAGCCUGCACCGCAAAACGCACACAUCCAUCGAUCCGAAGCCUUACAAGUGUGAAAUAUGCGAUGCCCAGUUCGUCCAGAAGAGUACGCUUACUAUUCACAUGAAGAAACACCCGUCAGCAACGCAGUAGCUAGCAGCUUCCUAAUGCGGUUGGGGAGUAAAAUCUUAAUCCACAACAAUUAAUCAUCAUUUAUUUCUUAUUGGAAGUUUGCCUUAUGAAAAUGGAACAUUUUUAAAGUUAUUGUCGAAAGAAAAUUUACUUAUUACUGUUGAUCCAACUUGGAUUCUAGGAUAAGAUAUUUACAACCUAAUUUGUAUUUCUAAAAUU